AUGAACUUACUUGGUAACAAUCUUGACCAUGAGAUAGAGAAUUAUAAAUAUCAAAUGCUGUACCAAGCUCAGCUUCAAAAGAAUCUGAUGUAUUUAGCAGGUAUUGCUGAUGCACAACCACAGGCACCAACGGUGCCUGCUCAGAUGGCCCCACAUCCUGCUAUGCAACAAGCAGGAUAUUACAUGCAACAUUCUCAGGCAGCAGCAAUGGCUCAGCAACAGGGUAUUUUCCCCCCAAAGAUGCCAUUGCAUUUUAAUAACCCGCACCAAAUGCAUGAUGCAGCACAGCAGCUACACCAGCAGCACCAACAAGCCAUGCAAGGGCAAAUGGGAAUGAGAGCUGGAGGGGCCAAUGGCAUGCCUUCCAUGCAUCAUACUGAAGCCACACUUGGUGGUGGUAGUGGUGGCCCAACUUCAGCUGGAGGGGGUCCAAACGAUGGGCGUGCAGGAAGCAAGCAAGACAACUCAGAGGCUGGGACAGGUGGUGAUGGCCAGGGGAGCUCAGCCGGCGGGCACGGCAAUGGUGAUGGAGAAGAUGGAAAGUGACAUGUUCUUAUGGAUGAUUCCACAUGGAAACAUGUGCCUGUUGAUAGUAGGUGUUUUCCUAAAGUAGCUGCUUUGCUCAGUGAUCUUUGACAGAUUGCAAACAGCAGCGAAAGUUCUCCUUAGUAUUUAAAGUGAUUAGGUAGGUGAGUCGUGUUGUAAGUUCCUUUGCAUGGAAUGGAUCCUCGCAUCAGAUGAAACAAGUGGUGAAAGAAAAGACAGACUUGGUUCUAAGGGCUCUUAGAGAUGGAAACAUGUGUACUUGGAUGUCUGUCAAUUUGUAACUCAUAAAUGCGUGCAUCAUGGGCCACAAAUUCUGAUCCUAUUACAAGUUUUGCUGGUAGUUUGUUUUCCUGUUGGUAUGUGUAUGAACUCUUCUUAGCAAUUUGUAACUCAUAGAUGGCCGUUGAAGGUUUUGUAUUGCCUCGCCGGUUUGUCAAC